GAGCAUAUAUGACAUGUCUGUCGUAAUGUAAACGUCAAUAAAGUUGGAUGUAAUUUAAACAGAAUCUCAAGUUGUUCUAGUUUAGUUUCAGGUUGGUAGUGACCGGACAGACCUAUGAUUAAAGAUAGGUUGUUUGCAGAUAUGACAGGAAUUUGAUACAAAUAUCAAACAAAAGGAAGAACUGUAUCGAUAAAUACCGAAGGAAAAAAAAAUGGAAAGAACAAUCACAACCAUAUUUAACAGAAAUAUAAUCCCAGGGGAGAGAUGUAUCAGAAUGUCUCGGCUGAAAUACAUCAAGAACCAAAAAUUGCCGACUAAAGAAAUGCUCUCCGUCUUCGCAUUCAUUGGUGCACGCGCGCCACUUGACUUUUCUUUCAGACAACUGGAGAACCUCGACAGUUUAUUUUCAAAAGAAACCAGAGAUGAUGAAACUUCAAAGAUGCAUACAUCUGAAGAUAUCUUAUUCGGGAAAUCGUCAGAGCAGACCAAUUUGAGCAAACCGGAAGAGGAGCCCAAAACGUCUAGUAAAAAGUCAUUGAGCCAGAGUCUUCGACUGAAUAACAAUUCUCUUAACAACAUCGAAAGCUUGCCUGCCAUGGUUCAUGCAUAUUUCCAAUAUUCCAGUGAUCUUGCCUGGCUAGAUCUGUCAUUUAACCAUAUGAAGACCAUCAGCCCUCAGUUGUGCAAGUUCCCAAACCUUCAGAUAUUAUACAUGCAUGGGAACGCGAUAACUAACAUGAACGACAUUGGCAAUUUAGUUCCACUAACGAAGUUGACCAAGCUCACUUUACACGGAAAUCCAAUAGAGCAGAUACCAAACUAUAGAAUCACCGUUAUAUCUCGUCUUGUGACCCUCAGAGAAUUCGACUUCAGUUGUGUCUCUCUUUGGGAGAGAGAGGCGGGAGAAAGAAUGCAAAACGAAAUAAAAAAGACGAAAAAGCCAAGAAAAAAGACACAGUAAAUUCCCACGUUCUUGUAUUCGAGAUGGGAAUUCUUGAGUUCACACCCACAUGCGCAACACAGAUGCAUAUACAAGCACGCGAGUACACAAUCACAGUUAACGAACAUUCAGUAAUACAUAAUCAGACACAGGCACAAACACAGUUCC